CCCCCCCGGAUUGGUCCCAUCGUCGAGGUGUUUCCAAGGAAGCAGCAAUAAACGGAAGUAAAUCCAUCUCUAAACAUGGCUGUUUGCUUUGAAUACAUAAAAUUAAGUUAACUGAUAUGUAACGUCGUAUGGGGAUGUUAUUAAUGUGCUACUAGCUAGACAGGUACGUCUAUGAGGCACAGUAAUCAUGUUCACUGAUGAAACUUUGGAUGCCUUGGGCGUUGAGUCGCUGUGGAGGAAAUCGCAACAGUUGGCACAGGAGUCGGUAUGUUCUGUUGACAACCUAAUUAGCUGGCAUCAGAGGUUUUGCUAUUGCAUGCUAGCUGAUUAUUGGUUUAGCUAACUAUCUAUUUCGUGUACGUUUACCUACCUGGCUAUAUAUGACAAGGCUAUAGGCCCUGAAAAGAUCAGACACAUGAAUACUACCAGUGGAGAAUAUUGCUAAAGCUCCUGAAUCUGCCAAUCGAUGCCUUCUUUAGCUAGCCAAAAUAGCUAGCUAGUUAGCGAUGAUGGUCUGGAGCGACAGUCUGCACAUCACUGAUCAGUGUUGGUGAUGGGCUGACCACGUGCAUUGUCCAAAGUGUCAUUUUCAGCGUUGUUGUGAAGCCCAACAUAUUUCUAAACAUACUAGUAGCUAGUUGACUAGGUACAAAAAAGUGGGUUUCUCAUCAACAGUUGGUGGAAUUACUGACACACUUGGGUCAACUGGAGUCAGAAACAUUAUUUGUGCAAUAAUCAAGCCAGCUAUGGGCAUGCUUUGACAUUAUAUAGGCCUAAUAUAACCCUAGUAGGCUAUGUCUGUUGUUGGUUUUUCAGAGAGGUUGUCAGACCCGGCCCGUACACACAGCUGAGGCUGAAAUACAGCCCCUGCUUAAUGCAGAUAAUGGCACCCAGACGGAUCCACAAGACCACCUCACAGACCAACUCCUCCUUGAAAGUGAGCUGCGACCAGAGUCUCCUGGGCUGAGGGACUUCCUGCAUCGAGUGGAGGACAUGGUUGUCAAGGAGUUGGCCAAUAACGCCAAGAGUCAUGCGUUUGAUGGGUUCGACGUGAAUUGGGAGGAUCAGAACGAGACGGUGAGAAUAGUAUAAGUAACACACUAACAAAACUAAUCACACAGUGUGCAUUAUUUUCAUGUUACAAAAAAAAGAAAAACGUUCGUUUAUUUAGUAAAUAUUUUCUUAACUCUUAUUUCCUUAAAACUGCAUUGUUGGUUAAGGGCUUGUAAGGACGCAUUUCAUGGUAAGGUCUACAGCUGUUCUAUUCGGGCAUGUGACAAAUAACAUUUUAUUUGAUAUUGGACAAACUAUAUAUUUUUAUUUUUAUUUCCCCCUGUUGUAUUGUCAAUUCUAAAAUGUGUUUGUGUGUAGGUUUCAUGCAUGCAUCGUCUCCAGCACCCCAGUGCCCAGGAGAAGGGUCUUCAAGUUACCAGCAUAUCCUGGAGUUGCACAGGUUCAGUAAUCGCCUGCGCCUUCGGUCGGUAUGUUCAAACUCAAGACUUCAGUCUUCCUUCACAUUCAUUUGCCAACAUCAUAGUUGUGUAGCCAAAAGUUGAGGUGAACAGUGAUCUAUCUGUUCUCUGUCUCAGUGUUGAUGACGGAGACUGGAGCACAGAGAAGUCCUGUGUGUGCACUUGGAAUCUGGACCGCAGAGGCCUGAACCCCAAACGACCAGACACGGUCAUAGACGUGGCCAGGCCUGUCAUGUCUCUGUCCUUCCACCCCUCUCAACCCUCUCUCAUAGCUGGUAUACACUUCCAUGUUGCUUCUGCCAGUGGUUUGAUCACCUACUGAUCUCAGUACAUAAAUACAACGGUCCUGUGUACCACACUCCUUCUUACUUAUCUCACCAUCCACCCAACGCCACAGGAGGUCUUUACAGUGGAGAGGUAGUGGUCUGGGACACGAACAGGACACAGGACCUCAUUUUGGCGCAAACAGGAAUGUCGACCGACACUCACCGGGAGCCAGUCUACCAGGUAUAGACAUCUCAUACUGUCUCCUAUGGCACUAAAAUACACAUGUUAACCGAUGGUAAAUGCUUUAUCUAGUAUUGGUUAUUCUCAUGGUGUAAUUUAUACACAGUCCCUAUGGACUGUAGGUCCCUUGUAUAUUAUUAAUAAACUACAUGAAUAUCACAUAGUGGUGAGAUAAUCUUUAUGAGAUGACGACAGUAAGAUUUUGAUACCAGGGUCGUGUUCAUUAGGCACCAAACAGAAGACAAGGGAUUGAAACUGUGAGGGACUACCUGGACUUGUCCAAUAAGAAACACACGUUUUCAGUAGCAAGCCAUAAUAAACAGGACACAGGUCUGAACAAGUGUGUUUUCAGGUAGCCUGGGUCCCCGGACCAAGGCGAGGGGAGAUGGUGGUGCUGAGUGCUGGCUCUGGGGGCAGGGUGCUGCUGUGGACAGUGGACUCAGACGAGGGGAGGCUGGUGCUCAGUGCCGGCUUUGCCCUCGUCAGACAGCAGGUUCCUCACAACAGUGCACUGAGCAAGGUGAGACUCGGGAUACAGGGGCCAACGUGGUAUGCCAACGUUGUGAUUUAUAAACCGUGAAAAUUUAUUUCGAUUUUACAUGAAAAUGUGUGAUAAAUAGAUGAAAUAUGAUUGUGUUAUUUACAAAACUGUAUGAAUGUUUUAUAGACAUUUAUCUAUAGACAUUGUUUUCUUAAACCUUCCAAAAAUACUCUCCUUCUGAAGUUGUUCUUGUAACGGUACCUACCUGCCUGCCUGCUACAGGGCAGAGGGAGCAGCAAUGUGGGGGUCACCUCCCUGGCCCUGUCCCCCUGGGACUUGGAUACAUUCCUGGUGGGCUCUGAAAGCGGCCUGGUCCUCAAGUGCUCCUUCUCAGCCCAGACGCUGGCGGCAGCGCCCCCCGAUGGAGAGAGUGUGACGCUGCGUGCCCCAGCCCAGUUCUCCUUCAGCCCCCGAGGUGGCCCCAUCCACUCCUUGCACUGCUCCCCUUUCCACAGGUGAGCGACACGUGGGUGGGAAGGUCGCAAUGGCAUACUCCUCACAUCCUCGUCUCCUUCUCAAAACCCAUUGGAUGAGAAACCAGAGGUCCCUCCCCUCUGACCUACAAUGGGUUUUGAGAAGGAGUCGAGGAGAGAGGAUGGGAGGAGUAUGCAAUUGAGAUGUUCCCCAUGGUUCAGGUCAGGUCUGAAGGUGGUUUUAGUGAAAAUUAUCCAGACCGAAUGCUUGAGACUAUGGUUUAAGAUUUACAAAAAUAAGAAAACUGAACAUUCCUUUACUCGAACCUCUGAAUUAGUCGUUAUACUGUUUUGAUGCCAAAACCCUGGAACGAACCAGUGCUAUUCAUGUUUACUUGUUGUUUGUUACAGUUUGCCCUGUUCCUAUAGUACAUUUGGAAGCGUGUAGCUAACUCGCAUCUCGUAAUGGAUCUCAAAAUAAGCUUUGAACUCUGCAGCUGUAAAACCUUUGUAAAAUGCUUUAUGGUACCAUAUCAUUCUGUCAAUGAAUCAAAGUUAUUAUCUAGUCGUCUCCCAUUUCGUGUCUAAGGAACCUGUUUGUCAGUGUGGGGACCGACGGCCUUGCCCACCUCCACUCUCUGCUGCAGCCCGAUCCUCUGCUCUCGCUGCGGGUGUCCGACUCCUAUGUGUUCGGGGUACGCUGGUCGCCAACGAGGCCCCUUCUCUUUGCCGCUGCCACAGGACAAGGUAUGCUCCAUUUCAGCUCAUUCUCAAUUGGUUCAUAGAACAUCGCUAUAAAUAGUCUGACUUGAGCCAGAGUUAAUAUAUUGAAAAUCAUAAAGGGCCCUAUUCAGACUUGCGAUAAGUCAACAUCCAAAAAUGUUCACUUAAAUCCAUGUUAAGUCUACUUAUCAAGUCUGAAUCAGGCCCUAACUGCUAAAAACAGUGGCACAUCUUGAUGUAAAGUUAACUCACCAGUUCAAUUAACUUUUAGUUUUUCACUAAACAGCCAAGUUUAAAAGCCCAUAACCUUCUCUCUUCCCAGGUCUGGUGCAGAUAUUUGAUCUGGGCAGGAAGUCACUGAGACCAGCAGCCACCAUAGACCAGCUGACGGGUGGCCAACCAGUCUACUGCCUGGAGUUCAACUCCAGACGGAAAGACCUCCUAGCGGUGGGCAAUGCCGACGGCUCCGUCAACAUUUGGCACCUGAGCACGGAGCUGACGGAACAGGGGCCCCGAGAGACCGCCAAGCUGGAGCAACUAGCCAAUGAGGUGGCAGAGUGAGACGAGGCAGGAAGGAGAGGGCCAAUGAAGUUAAAGAAUAACAGGGCUGUGGAUGUAUAUAGGUAGAAGAACGUGGGUUUUUAGUUUUUGUGCCAUAGUAUUUUAGAUUUGUAUCCUUUUGAGAUGGUGAAACGUCAACUAUUACUCAGUAGGUACUGAAGACUGGUUAUUAAGGCCUUCAUUGUUUGUUUUUGUACUGAAAUAAAACAUAAGAGUGGAUUCAUGUUGUAAUAAAGGCAC